AUGGACGGAAAGCGAAUCCUUACAAUGCGUGCCCUGGCCCUUGCUCGUCCUGUUGUGGGAGAGGGAAAAGGAGAGACGUAUGUGCAAAGGGACCGGCAGAAGAAAUACUACGAACGGCAGAAGACGCAUGCGCGCUUCAAGCGUCUCAAGCGCUACGAGGAGCGCAAUCAGACGGUGCCGUUGGAGCGACAGGCGCUGCUCGAGCGCGUCCUGGCCGAGGGGGCGGACGCCGUGGAAGCUGACUAUGAGCGUCGCCUGGAGCUGACCUACGGUACCCCACAAGGCAGCACGGCCUCCAACAAAGCCGAGGAGGCAGAGAGCAAGCCGCCACGGACAAAGAAACUCAAGCGGCAGAGGAAGACUGCUCGCGCUGCAGCCAGCCAGGAAGCAGCAGCAGAUCCUGUAGGCCCGACUGCAACCGCCCCAUCAGAGCAAUCACGGCGGGGGCGAGGCCGCAACAAAGACAGAAAGGCGACGGUUCCCGACCGCUUUCAGAAGGCAUGCCGGGACUUCGAGGCCGCCGAGGCUGCCAAGGCCGCGGCCCAGGCAGCACGGGAGGAGGAGUUCCGCCAAAGGAACCGCAAGAGAAAGCAGACUGCCAAGGAGCGUGCCGUCACUGGCCAGCUGCUCGCGCGGCGCAAUGCCAAAGGUCAGCCGUCGAUGCAGAGCAUGCUCGAGCUGGUGACAGCCAAGCUGGAGGGAGCGCCGAAGGUGGGAGCUCGAAAGCGCCAGCAGUGA